AUGUUGCCUACUCCUCUUGUUGGUGCAUACCAGCAAUACAAAGCCGACACGGACGCAGUUGCAGCCUGGCUUGCCUCUACUGCUUCAGCACACGGCUACUUUUUGACCCAACCGCAAGACGCGGAAACGACAAGUAGCAAGGCGGCGGUGACUGGCAGGCUGAAGGGCAAGGCCCGAAAGGAUGCCAAACGAGCUGCAGAGAAUCAAGGCCAGGUUCACCGAACAUAUCGUAUCGCAAUAAGGGACUUUGUUGUCCUUGCAGAACACAUUGCCAGCAAAAAUGUGUCGGUACCUUUUUCGUUUGCCUCAACCCUGGACCGUCUUAUCAGGGUCCGUCAGAGUUUUGGUCGAAGAUUAGAGAAGCAUGGAAGUUUGUUGAACGAGUCAUUGGAUCGUAACCAUUCAUUCUUUGUCUCCAUCCUUGAAUCGGUACGCGAGACGCUUCGGCCUUGGUUCCAGAUGUCGCCUCAAACCAGUGAUCCAACGGAGCCGACAGACCGCCUGGGGGAGGCCACCAACCGCUUCGCCCGACUUUUUGUGCACGAGCCAUCAGAGCAUUUCCUCGACGCCCCUGACACUGAGCGACCAAAACCGGCACUCGGCGAUACUGCUGUAUAUCAGGCUGAACGCUUGAUUACCGCCAGAGAAGCACAAAUGGCAUUUCUUCUGGUCAUGGAUGACCUGAACCAUAUCCGUCAUCGCCUCGACUGGAUCUGGGAGAAUUACAAAAACAAGGUGUUUGACCUGAUAACAUCAGCCAUUGCCACCAACACGGCUGUCGAACUGGCCCGUAACAUCAUUGAUGGGAUCGUUCCUCUAAUCGAAGCCACUGGUGGCUUAGAGAACUGUAUCAACAUGACUUUGGGAGUACAGUUGCAGCAAGCGUCAGAACCCUACACACAAUCUGACUACGAAAAUAAUACAGAGACAGAUCCUGGAUACCCCUACGUUCAUCAUAAGCACUACCGCUUAAGCGUUGACACUUAUUAUUCGGCAUACUCGCUGGUGGACAGAUUUCGCGAGAACACGCGCCAUAAUAAAAUGGUCACUUUCACUGAGAAAGUGCUCCCGUAUGCCGAGGACAGUGAUCGUGCUACAAAGACGGGAGAUCAGCAAUAUGCCGAGGACGAGGAGCUGCUGGCUCACUUCCUUGUUGAGGUUAAGAAUAUGGAAAUUACCAAGGUGCGGCAUCAAGUAUGCGACGAGAUAAUUCAUGGGAUGCGGGAAAUGCAUCGCACCGGUGAUAUUCCGUUUCACUUGGUGUUUACAGCACAGGUGUUUCUUGACAUUCAUCAAACUCUACGCAGCGAUGUGCGUAGAGCAUUCGAUACCCUUGAAACCAAUCUCAAUCACAUGAGGGUCGACAUGGUACAGCAUCUCGAGCUGCAUGGCAGUACCUACGCAUCCCAGGAAUGGAUGAAGGCGGCCCCCGACUUCAUGUCCGAGACCAUCAGGAGCAUCGACAGAGCUCUCGCUGACCCACUGUAUGAAGUGAGGGCUAAGUCCCAUCUGUUCUAUGGGUGGGAAGUGCCGGACACCAAGCUGCGCAAUAAGAUGUUGAAAAUGUCGCCUGUUCUCAGUGGGCUAGUGUUGUUCUCCUUCACGAUCAAAUAUCAGACAUACGGCCUGCAGGUCGAACAAUACUGGAAGACCGUCAUGUGCGCUGCGCACCUACACAAUGCCCUCCAUAGUGAGAAAUUGGUAACAACCAAGUGGCAUGAUAUGAUGAUGGUGCGCGCUUUGUUUGAGGACAGCAACUUCUUUGUGGGUUCCCCACCAACGACCCCCCAGCAGUAUUUCAGCAGGUUUCACCUUCGUUGCGGUGUCUCGGCCACCUUGUUCAGCACCAACCCGCGCCUAACUUCCAGGCCAGCAGUAGCAAGAAAACCUCGAAAGAUACAGAUUGCCGACAUUGCACCCGUCUCGAACUUGUUUCUGCACCGCUUGAUUUAUUCAACUGGCCCAAGUAAAUGGACAGCGGAAAUCAUAGACCAAGUCAACAAGCUGAGCCGUUACCAGUACCAGGGGAAAGCACCAACAGGUCUUGCCUUUACCAACUCUGAGGAUCUGUCAAAGUUCCUAGAGAUCAAUCAAACAUUGCUGGACAGCAAGACACGACGCCGACCAAACAGGAUCAACGACCCAGAGAUAACCCCAGAUCAAGUGAUAUUCAAGCUGGUACACGUGCUUAACAAUGAAAAGCUCAGCAUGGCAUUCCCAUGGCUCAAGAUGCACCGCUCUUGCUGGAACUUUCUUCAGGCCAUAAAACCAAAGGCAGAUGAGAGCUUCCAUCAGCAAGGCUCUGGCUCUCCGUUGCUACGAAAUUGGGUUCUGCCCUGGAUAUUCGUGCGCGCCAAGGAAGGAGAUAUGUCAUUGAUGCAAGUGGUGGCGGACAUUGCGCGUGACCACUACAAGAGCUCUGGGUCCGAAACCUUCCAGGAGCUCACCGAGAGAGGAUUGAGCAUAUCAGUUGUGAUCAAGGACCAACAGGAAAGAAAAGAGUACGAAAAGAUGUUUCCUUCUGGAUUUUGCCCGCCCGGAGUACAUGGCAACUUUUUGGCCCUGGCCAGAGAAUUGUAA